GUGUUGUUUUCUCUUACUAGAGUUAGAGAACCUUCCUCCUUCUUUUUCUUCACAUAUUGGCACCGCGAUAUCACUGCGUGUCUCCGUGUUUUUUAGCCUUCUUAUCGCCAACACUUGAAAGAGGGGAACACGGAAAGGCCAGGAGAGAGAAAAGGAGGUCCCGUUUCUUUUCUUCUCUUUAGCUCACCAAACUAAGUAACUGCCAUCUUCUCCUCUCCAAAAACAACAACAACAUGUUUGGACGUCGGGUCUUUGGCAGCACGGCCAUCCCCCGUGCCAUGUACACACGUCUGCACAUCAGCUCCCCAGCGCAGGCCACCCGCAUGCUGCCGAUGCUCGUCCCUCUGACGCCGUCUCUUUCACUGUCUGCUGGCGGGAUGCUGAACGCCGUGACGCUUGGGUCGCUGGAGGCGCCGCCGAAGUUCGAAAUCGGCGAACAAGAUCCUGUCUCGCUAAAGGCGCUCUUGGAGAGCAUUUCUCCUCUACAGCUGGGCUUUUCACGCUUGUUUGAAUUAUGGGGUAUUGCUCGAGCAACGGUAAUGGUGAAUUUUCUGCGGUCGCUAACUGUGCAGAUGGACAGUUAA